CUAGACAUGUGACACACGAUCACCAGAAUGCGGAAAGAGUCCCGAGGAUCUUGUUAGGGGGUUUACGGUUUUAUCAACAAAGCGUAUAAGCGGCAAUUAAACAGUUUAAUUUUCCAAUAUUUGGGCGUUUGUGUUGUCAAGAAAGAAACGGACAAUUGGAAACACAAAUCCUGCUGCUAAAAUAAAAGCAAAAUGUCAUCGGAAGAGUUUGAAAAGCUGCAGGAGAUCUUCAAAUCCCUUUAUGACGAACUGAAGUUGAUGCCUGACAGAUUACUGAAAUGUCAAGGAGAGGAGAAGAAGAGGUUGGUGCGAACUUUUGACGAAAGACACGGAGAGGCAGUGGAAGUGCUGCAGGGGAUGGAGCAGGAGUUGAUCGGUGUUCCCUCGUCCUACCGGAACGCCAUGUCCACCAGGCUGCGUCUGUUCCGCAGAGACCUGGGGAAGCUCCAGAGAGAGGUGAAGAGCACUGACCUGUCCUCCACCUCCUCUACCCGGCCAGCAGAGGGCGCCUACGGCAUCUACUCCUCUCAGAACGAACACAGCACCCAGCUUCAGUCUCAGAGGGCCUUGCUGAUCCAGGGACACGAGCACCUGAACAAUGCCAGUCAGAGUAUAGAGAGGAGUCAGCGCAUUGCCGCAGAGACAGACCAGAUCGGCGUGGACAUCAUCGAGGAGCUGGGAGAGCAGAGAGAACAGCUGGACCGCACCAGAGACAGAUUGGUCAACACUGGGGAGAACCUCAGCCGGAGCAGGAAGAUCCUACGAGCCAUGUCUCGACGACUGAUGACCAACAAGCUGUUGUUAUCCGUCAUUAUUCUGAUGGAGCUGGUCAUACUGGGUGCAGUCGUCUACCUCAAGUUCUUCCGCAAGUAGUAGGUCUGCUGACGCAUCAACAAGCAAUACAGGUCGCAGCCAGCGCUCAGCAAAGCUCUCCUCUCCCUGUCCUCUCUCCUCUCCUCUCCCUGUCCUCUCUCCUGUCCCUCUCCUCUCCCUCUCCUCUCCCUCUCCUCCCUCUGUCCUCU